AUGCGCACGGCCGUCGCCCGUGCACUCGCCGCGCUGGAGGAGGUAUCCGUGCGGCUGAUCGGCGCCCCGCGGCCGGCGAUCGGCGCGGCCGACCCAUUCGCGGGGCUCCUCCCGUGGGAUCUCACCUCGGCAGAGGCACUCGAGGUGCCAGCGGCGGAGACGGAGUACGGCGCGGCUCUGCUCGACUUUGCAGGCGUCUGCGCCAUCCGCCGAGCGGUUCCACCCUCUCUGGCGGCGCGUGGCGGCGCGGCGGCGAGUGCGCUCGCGGCCGAAGUGGGCUUCCGCUUCCACGAGGCGUGCCAGCGCGGUCCCGGCCGGGUGGACCUGCGAGGGUACCAGCUGGACGAGGAGCCGUUCGCGGCCGUGGGCGAGGUCGGCGGGCGCGCCUGGCUGCCGCUGGUAAGGAGAGUGCUCGGCGGCGACGCGCGGCUGCUGUGGAGCGGGCUCGUCGUCACCGAGCCGGGCACCGCGGCGCAGCGGUUCCACGCGGACGCGCCUCCCGUGCCUCGCGCCGUGUGGGAGGAGCACGGGCUGCUGGGCGGCCUGCCGCGCGCGACGCUUCCCGCGCACUGCCUCACAGUCUUUGUGCCUCUUGUCGACCUGCGGAGAGGGCUGAACGGGCCGACUGCCUUCCUGCCCGGCUCGCACCACGGCGCGACAGCGGCGGCGAUGGCGGCCGAGGCGGACGAAGCGGGUUCGUCCGCCGGCGCCGGCGCCGCCGCCCACCUCGAGGCCGACGCCGGCGAUGCGAUUCUCUUCGACUACCGCCUCUUCCACGCGGGAGGCGCGAACUGCAGCGCAGUGCGGAGGCCGAUCCAGUACUUUGUGUACGCCCGCCCGUGGUACAGCGACGAGGUCAACUUCCCCGGUCCGGAGCGGUCUCUUUGGCCUGCUGAAGUGCAGUAG